ACAAACGGCCAACGACUGCGAUGCUUUCCCUCGACGUCCUAGUGUGUGUAAACAGUUCGACGCAUGCGCAUUGCUCAAAACUCACGCAGGACAGAGGGGGUAAAAAAAAAAAGCAAACAAGAGGAAAACAAAAUUGGAAGGCAGUGAGAAAUACAGAAAAAUUUAUAAUAAAAAGUCUAUGAUCCUGGGAAACGGAAGAAAGACAUUAGAUGUACGAUGUUUUUGCAGUCAUCAAUCUUCCAUACGAGAAAAAAGCCUGUUGGAGGAACUUUAAAAAAAAAAACAAAGCCGGAAGAGAUUGGGAAUGGAAUCUUUCACGCAAACAUAUGAUUUAAUGAUUUUUAGAAAAAAAAAAGAAAAAUCUAAGGCAGAAAUUGAAAGUUCAAAAAAAAGAAAAGAAGAGGAGAUGAGAGACUAUCGCUGGCUAUGGUCUUGUCAAUUCGGGCUCAGAUCAGCUCUCUUCCUUUCGCCUACUUCUCCGUCCUCUUUACUCUUUCCCCCCCACUUUCGGAUCAAUAGCAGCAGAAGCAUGGGGAGGGGAACUCCGGAGUGAGAGAGCAUACACACUAUACACAACAUGAGAGCAGCAGCAAGUAAGAGAUGUAAGGCAAACUGAAAAGGAUGAAAGACGAGACAUGAGAGAAAAAAGUUAGGAGAAAAGCCAACAGCCGUGUUACGCAUGUUCAAUCAGCAUACCCAAAAGAAAGAGAAAACGAUUUUUUAAAGGGAAAGGUGAACGACUGUUACAUUUUCCAAUAUGUGCAAAAAAGGAACGCUGAUUGGCUCUUGACUUUAUGUACUGCAACCGGAAACUUCUUCCUUUGUUUCAUUCUGAUGGUCUACGAACAUCGAACAUAGUUUGUGUACAGCAACAGAAGAACCCGCCUCGGCCUACGAAUUUCGUUUGCCCGUCCCAUUGGAAAGACGUGACCGAUGACCGUCAUCAUCAUCAACUAUCGCAGGUGCAUGUACAACGUAAGUGAACACAUCCUUCCCUCCUUUUUUGCGUGAUUUGUUCAUCCGUCUGUGGUGCAAGGAAUGGCACGCUGUUAGACUGGCCAAGUGCUGAAUAUGACGUUGUUAGUGCAUAGAACAAACAUUCCAGUUGGCCAAUUUGCGCCAAAAAUGACUGCAUCUAGGAUGUAGUGUAUAAGCCUGAUGAAUAAUUGUGGUUGGUGGAAGCCGCCUUUCAACGCAGACUAUUCGGAUCGAUAAACUUGUUACCCGACACUAGGCAAAGUUCGACGUGGCGGACAAGAAUAUGGCAGUGUGCUUCGAGUGGGGGAGAAGGAAAAAAAAAAAAAAGAGGGAAAGUUUAAGGAAAAAAAAUAAAUCAAGUUGCCAACACUAACGUUGUCACGCUCAAAGAUUGUCCACAUCCAGACAAAAGAUGAGUUUAUGAUUUAAUUAGAAGAAGAAAGAAAAAAAAAGAAGUUCACCACGCAAUCAGUUCAUAUCUUAAAGAUUCACAAGCCUCGCCUUCCGAGUCGAUUAAACGUCACACGCCACCCUUUACGCCAGCCAACGUUAUCGACCAAGCGGGGCUCCUCCUUUGCUCUACAAACGCUCCCUUUUUCCCCCCGUUCCUGCUACACGAUUAUACUUCAUAGAUGACACAAACAGCCGUAGCUCACAGAAUUUUUAUUUUCUUUAUGUUCGUGUUUGUUUGUAACUAUUCCGAAUGUCUGCCUAACUUUUUUUCUUAUAUCUGAUUUCAUGUCCGCUUGGCGUGAUGUGACUUUCCCUACAUUUGCAUCCAGACGGAGGGGGGCCCCGCGCGCGCGUUCAGAUAACACACCCCACCCGAAAUUAUUCCGCUUAACGACAAGUAGCAAGACGAGUAAACCCUUCUACCCUCCUGGAUUGAAUGCUACUAUACACCACGUUGAUGGGCAGCAAAUAAAAAUCGGGAUGCCUCCCAAAGACGAGAGAAAUCUUUGGAUUAUGUGCCAAAUAACAAGCAGAAGAGUUAUAGGAAAAGCAAAAAACAAAAACAGGAGCUCUGAUGGAUGAGCAAGAAAUAUCGAUCAAACAUCGUUUUGGGGUGUAAAGCAGAAGCCAGCGUUUCCAUGGGCGACCAGUCAAUAACAAAAGCCUUUUGCUGACGACGAUCUGUUUACAAGCCAUCUGCACUUGGACGGAAGCCUCCGACGGGUCGGAAGAGUUUGCUCCUUGGAGGAAAUUCCGUCUGAAGAUGAGAGAUUUGAUCGUGAAAAUAAAUACAGAUGCCGUAGGAGUAGUCGGUGGUGUGACUACUGCUAAUCAACAGCUGACGACCAACAGGAACAACAGCAGCCGCUUGAACGUGGAUGAUCCAGCUGUCUCGAGUCGUGCACUAUCUUUGACAGUCGGCUCACUAGGGCAAGAUGAUGGAGACAGCACGGACGACGGAAGUGACAGCGGAACAGCAGGCACGCCAACCAGUCAAUCCGCAGGCUAUUGGCCUGAUUUGGAAGUGCUGGAUCCUGAUCACCCCAUUUUGGAGCGAUUCCAGGCCAAUUUGACGCAUUUGCUGGACGAAGAGGAUCAACAGCUGACAUUGAAAAUUCUCGAAGCGGAAGAAAAGCGCAAGUGCAUACUGAGGGAGAAGAAGAAGACAUUGGCCGGGUUGGAUGAAAUGAAAAGAUUGAACGAACGCAGCCGAUUGACGUUGCGUAAAGAGAAAGAAGCUCUCGAAACGGAAAAAGCCAAACGACUUCAGGUGGAAUGUGACCUCCUCCCUGAGAAGAAACAACGAUUUGAAUUGCUCCAGCGGGACAUGCGAGACGCCCAAUCCACUGACAAUCUCCUGGAAAAAGAAUUGGAAAUUGGACGGAAGAAAAUAGCCGCAAUCCGGCAGCGGCUGGAAGAGCAACAACAACAACUAGCUCAAGCCAGAGGACAACUCGAUCAAGGGCAUCGUGAAAGGGAUUCCAACCAAGCUCGUAAACUUCUCCAGGAUGUGGUGAUCAAUCAACUUUUGUCGGAUGUCGAAGCAGCUGAAUGGAAGCGUAGCCAAAUGGAAAACACCUUACUGGACGAGGAACAGUUGACGGCCGGAUUGCGGGACGCGAUACGUGGAGCGCAUGCUGAAAUUGCCGCAAUCAACACGGAAAAAAUCCGACUCAAUCAGAGCUGGCAGUCCAGCUUGCUGGCCUUACAAAAGAAUAACGAGGCCCUAGCGGCUGUCCACCAAUCCAUCAGGAACGAAGAAGCUCGAAGGGAGGAGAUUAAUCGAUGCUGGACGAUUGGCGAGAAAGAAACGACUCAAUUGGCUUCUAAACGGACCAAUAUUCAAUUCGAAUUAGGCCGGCUGGAACGAAAGAUAACUAAUCUAGAGACGCAGUGCCAGUUGCGAGAGGCGCAAAAAAGCUCAGACGACGAACGCAACCGUCGUCUCGAGUCCAUCAUCCGAUCUCGGGAGGAAGAGCUUCAGACGCUGAUAAGGGAGGCGGAGUUGCUGGCCAAGAGUGAGAGCGAUGCCCUGGAUCGUCUGCAGGGGCAGCGGUGCAAAAACAAGACUCUAGAGGCGGCCAUACUCGAUCAAGUCUAUCGCAGUGUGGCCUGCGAUCAGGAGGCGCAAGCCAUUUAUCGCCACAUCCGCCAAAUGGAAGAAAACUCAACUGCACUGGAUUUUGAGAUAGCCAAAGCUGAAAGUCGUAAUGGAAAGGCGUUGCUGGAGCGCGAUAAUCUGGAAAAAGAAUUGCAAGAAAAUAGGAAAGAAUUGGCAGAGAAAGAAGCUCAAGUCGCUUUAAAAGACGGGCAAAUCAAGCAACUCGAGAUGGAACUGGGCGAGCAGCAGAAAUUGUUGGAGAGGAAAGAAAUGCAUUGGGUUCGGCAAAAAGCGAUGCUCGACGAGCUUCUGGCCACCCUCGAAGAGAACCAAGCCCGCACCGAGGAGGAGAGAGUAUUGAGAGUGUUACAGGAACAGCUGGAUCAGAUCCGCCGGGCCACCGAUAGUUUCCAGCGUCAAUGGUCAGAGGCAGAGCAGCAAUUGCUCCAAGUGGCCAUGACACGAGAUCUCCAGGCCGUCGAAGAGGGGAAACUUCGCGAUGAGAUCAGCGUGCGCGAAGAAAAGAAGAAGCGGCUUCUGCGUGAAGUAGCCGGAUUGAAGCACAGCCAAUUGCAGUGUAAAAGAUCCAUCCACGGUUGGCGCGAGUACUUGCAGCAACUGGAUGCCCGACUGGCCCAGCAGACGGCCAACAAAGAGAGCCUAGAACGUCAUAAUCAGCACUUUCAACGCCAGUGGCAGAUCCACCUCGAGGAGCCAGAACGCAAGGUUCAUCGAGUUCGGGAGGAGAUUGUCCAACUUCGUUCACAAAAAUCCAACCUCGAAAUCAACUUAUGCGACCUGAAUAAAGUGAUGUUAUUGUGGACGGGCAAACUGGCAGACAUUCGCGAGGCACAGAGUUACUACCAAGCUGAACGCUCAGAUGCUGGAUCGCUGGCCCUACUCGAAGCGGAGAAGCAUCGACUUCAGGUACAAGAAGUCCAGCUGAGGAAGGAUCAGGAACUGCUUAACCAUCAACUACAGAAAGCCGUUCUCGGUCGUUCCGGGCUGAAUACCAAAGCGGAUAUCAAGACCGGAGUUGCUCAUAAGACGAGGAUCGUCAAGGAUCCAGUAGACUCAAACGCCUGGUACAAGAUCCUCUCUAAAGAAAUCACCAAGCGCCGCAAGGAGCUUGUCAAGCUGAAGCAAUCGAUCUCGGAGAGGAAAAUAGUCAACGCGGAGCUGACGGCGCAAUGCGAUUCUUUACGAGAUUCUCUCGAGAUGGACCGUAAUCGACUCGAGCAGCUCGAUCACAACAUUGCUGAAGCCGUAGUCACUAAGAGACGGGGCAUUUCGACGCUGGUAGGUCAUCAGAAAUGGUGGCGCUUCUACGACCAACUGAAAUAUGGAACAUAUCGGCGGAAGUACGGAGCUGAUGCUCUGGCCGAGGCAGAGUCUCGUGCGAGAAAAAAAAUAAUUAAACUACUGAAGGUUGCCGACAGAUUGGCUUGCGAAUAUCCUCAUCUAGAAGUUCAACUCAAUGACAUCCGAGACUCACUCAACUAGGCCAUAAUUUGAUUUGUUCCUUUUAUUAUUUCGGCUAAAUGUGUAAUCCCUUCUUCCGCUAUGACAUCCAUUUAACAAUAUAAUGGUGCUUCUUUCCUAUUGGGAAAAUGAU